AUGAAUGGGGAUCUUUUUGAAAAGUGGUUUAAAGAGGAACUGAUUCCAAGACUGCCACCAAGAGCGGUCAUUGUGAUGGAUAAUGCGAGUUAUCAUAGUGUACAAGUAGAGAAGCUCCCGACAUCAAGCACAGCAAAGGCAAACAUGCAAACGUGGCUAACUGACCAUAACAUCAGCUGGGAACAAAAUAUGACAAAGCCCGUCCUCUACAAUAUCAUCAAACAACACAAGGAUAAAUUUAAGAAAUUUAAGAUUGAUACAAUGGCAGAUGAGUCCGGUUUUAAGGUCUUACGUUUACCACCAUACCAUUGUGAUCUCAACCCAAUCGAACAAGUAUGGUCACAAAUUAAACGUUAUGUAUCGGGUUUGAACACAACAUUUAAAAUUCAGGAUGUAGAAAAACUCACGAAUGAAGCCAUUACACAUGUGACCCCAGAGCAAUGGAAAAACUAUUGUGCACAUGCGGAAAAAGAAGAAGCUAAGAUGUGGGAACUCGAUGGAUUAAUGGAGGAAGUCGUCGAGCGAGUGAUAAUUCAGAUUGGGGCAAAUGGGGAUAUUUCAUCCGAUGAACUUGAAUCAGAGAGUGAAAGUGACUGGGAGAAUGAAGUACAGGAGUUACAUUAA